AUGACUCAUCUCUCUAAGAAAAAGAUCCGGUCGUUAAUGUCGAAAGUAUUGUCUGAAUUGAGUGACCAACUGGUUGAAGCUGAAUCUAGUUCUGUUUGUGAGAAAGUUCUAAGUCUCCCUGAGUGGAGAAAGUGUAAAAAUGUCUGCCUCUAUAUGAGCUUGCCCCAAAUGGAAAUACGCACUCACGAACUUGUUCACCAAGCUUUGAAACAAGGAAAAAAUGUUUUUCUACCGAAAUGCGAAGGACGCCAUACAAUGUCAAUGUAUCAAGUAUAUAAUACUAAUCAUUUGAUCAAAAAUAAAUGGCAGAUCCCUGAACCAGAUGGAUUGUCUCCAAAAGUUAUGGACGAUGAGAUUUAUUGUGAUCUAAUCAUAAUGCCCGGUGUAGCCUUCGAUUCUAACUUAGCACGGCUUGGUCAUGGCAGAGGUUAUUAUGAUGACUUUAUUCAUCGUUACAAAGCCUGGUGUUCUCAAAAAAGCUCCAGGUGUGACAUUUAUAAAGUUGGAAUUUGUUUAUCGAAACAAGUUAUUCCAAAUAACGAAAUUCCCAUGAACCCUUUAGACGAGUUUCUCGACUCGCUUAUUACACCACAAAACAUUUACCAAAGGCAUUAUAAUGCGCAGGGAAAAACAUUUACUAAACUCCAAAAUAUAGAAAUCUAA